GGAAGCUGUCCGGGCAGCAGUUGGUGGCCGUUGUGUCGUUGCUUGUGUUCAGUUUACAGACAUCGAGACACUUCCACUGGUUGUGUUACGAUAAGAGUGUUUUUAUCACAGGAUGGCGGCGAAACUACUCAACUAACGGACCACCGACCACCGGCAGCGCGUCAUCGUGACGCAGCGACCGACGGCCUCACACCGGAAGCAGAACGUAUAACUUCUUAACCGAUGACUUUCUACGUCGUUGUAUUCUUUGUCGCGUGCCCGUGUCGGUCGCGUGUGAGUUAGUCUGGGCUUCAUUCCGUGGAGCUGAGUGAACACGCAGAACACACCGUCGACAACACGGAGGUUCAUCAUGAAGGACGAACUGUCCAUGGAGGACACUGUUUACAGCUAGUCAAGACUCUUUUAAGAUGUUCUCUUUCCUCCAUCAGCUCUGAGGGAAACGUGUCGUUGUGUUCUUGAGCAUGAAGCUGCGGGUUCGAGUCCAGCGGCAGACCAGCAGGGUGGAGCUGCUGGGGGAGGAGCCCCGCCUGAAGGAGCUCGCGGACCACGUCCGGGACACGCUGCUGCCCUCCCGGGGCCUCAGCCUGUCCCUGAACGGGGCGGAGCCUCUGAGGGACGCCGGGCAGACGCUGUCCUCCUGCGGCAUCGUCCCCGGAGACCUGAUCUGUGUGGUCCUGACCGAGUCUGCAGCCUCCUCCUCCAGCUCAGAGACCCUGAGGCAGCAGAACCAACAGACCAGGCAGACUGCUGCCAUGACAUCCACGCAGUCCUCCAGCAGCCGACCUGCAGACGGCGUGUCGCAGCCCGAGGGGGCGUCGGCCCCCAGCUGGGAGCCGAUGCUGUGCAGCGAGGCGCAGGAUGGCCACGCCCCUCUUUCCCUGGAGCUCCUCCUCCACUCGGCCGAGGUGGCCAGCCCCACGGACGCCGUGGUGGUGGCCGGACACCUCCUGAUGCUGGAGACCGGCUUCCUGCCACAGAGCGGGGAGCUGCCCUCUGAGAUGCCUGCGGACUGGAGGACCCCAGCUGGAGUGUACAGGCUGCAGUACUCUCAUCCUCUGUGUGGCAGCAGCCGGGCCGUGGUGCUGUGUGUGAGCAUGGGCCCCCUAGUGGUCAUCAACGCGUCUCUGAAGCUGAGCGGCUCCGUGGACGCCGUCCGUAAACUGUGUGUGAAGCCGGCCGCCUACGUGACGGACAGCUGGCCAGGGGGCGGUGCGGCCGCUGCCUUCAGGGACCUGAACAGACUGUCCCGGGUCUUCAAAGACCAGCUGGCGUACCCGCUGAUCGCCGCCGCCAGAGACGCCAUGGCGCUGCCCGUGGCGUUCGGCCUCGCCGCGCUGCCCCCUGAGCUCGUGCUCCGCCUCCUCCGCUUGCUGGACGCGUCCUCGCUGCUGCGGCUGGCGUCCGUCUGCAGGACGCUCGCCGUCUCUGCCGCGGACCCGUCGCUAUGGAGACACCUGUACCGCCGGGACUUCUCGGACCGAGACGUCGGCCGGGCCAGAGACACCGACUGGAAGGAGCUCUACAAGAGGUCCCAUCAGCUCCGCCGGGAGCGCCGUCAUGUGACAUCCGGCCCCCGCCUGCCCCCGCUCCUCCGGAACCCCUUUAGCCCCGCCCCCUUCGGCCCCUUCCCGCCCAGCUUCCUCGGGGGGGAGUACGACCUGAACCCGGGCCUCCCCCGGCCGCGCUACGACCCCAUUGGCCCCCCGCCAGGCCUCGGGCGGAGGGCGGGGGGGAGGGGGGCCGACGCCCGGAGGGGCUUCAUCUGAGUUCUUCUUCUGCAGAAAUAAACACGCACGAUCAAUAACA